GGGGCGGGAGGCGGAGGCGCCGCGUAGGCCCCGGAGGCCCGGCGGGCCGGGCUGGGAGCUCGCGCCCCAUGCGCCACCGCCUCCCCCCACGAUGUUCCCCUCCCGGAGCACCCAGAAAGAGCCCAGAGGGAGAGAGAGACUCUGUAGAGGUUCCAGUCUCCCCAGGUCACAUGUAGGACUAGGCUCUGCUCCUCCCCAGCGGAAACAACCACCUCAGGACCGUGGGGGGUCCAGGUGGCUCCUCGGUGGCCUCCCCCGGAAAUGUUCCGUCUUCCACCUCUUCGUUGCCUGUCUCUUACUGGGCUUCUUCUCCCUACUCUGGCUGCAACUCAGCUGCUCUGGUGAUAUGGCGAGGGCAGCCAGGGGACUAGGGCAGGAGACCCCAGGUCCAUUCCAGGCCUGCCCCCCGGAGUUGCCUCCUGAGCACUGGGAAGAAGAUGCAUCCUGGGGUCCCCAUCGCCUGGCAGUGUUGGUGCCAUUCCGUGAACGCUUUGAGGAGCUCCUGGUCUUCGUGCCCCACAUGCAUCGCUUUCUGAGCAGGAAGAAGAUCCAGCACCACAUCUACAUCCUCAACCAGGUGGAUCAUUUCCGGUUCAACCGAGCAGCACUCAUCAAUGUGGGCUUCCUGGAGAGCAGCAACAGCACAGACUACAUUGCCAUGCACGAUGUGGACCUGCUCCCUCUCAAUGAGGAGCUGGACUAUGGCUUCCCUGAGGCUGGGCCUUUCCAUGUGGCCUCCCCAGAGCUCCACCCGCUCUAUCAUUACAAGACCUACGUGGGCGGCAUCCUCCUUCUCUCCAAGCAGCACUACCAGCUGUGCAACGGGAUGUCUAACCGCUUCUGGGGCUGGGGCCGAGAGGAUGACGAGUUCUACCGGCGCAUCAAAGGAGCUGGGCUCCAGCUUUUCCGUCCCUCGGGAAUCACCACUGGCUAUAAGACAUUUCGCCAUGUACAUGACCCAGCCUGGCGGAAGAGGGAUCAGAAGCGUAUUGCAGCUCAAAAACAGGAGCAAUUCAAGGUGGAUCGGGAGGGAGGCCUGAACACUGUGAAGUAUCGCGUGGAUUCCCGCACAGCCCUGUCUGUGGGUGGGGCUCCCUGCACUAUUCUCAACAUCAUGUUGGACUGUGACAAGACUGCAACCCCAUGGUGUACCUUUGGCUGAGUUGCGUAGAGGGUAGGGAGCCUAUGCCUACAGGCACACUGCUGCUCAGCUCAGGAUGAAACCGAGGUGUGGGGCCCAGAUCUCAUAGGAUGUGGAGAAGAAAUGGCCUG